GCCGGCAGCUCCCGGACCCGGACGCCACCACGGGCACCAAGCCCACCACCACGUCGGAGAUGGUGGAGCUGCGGCCGGAGGUGGUCGACUUCCCGCGCCUGCACGCGCGCGAGGAGGCGCUCUACUUCCACGACGCCUUCGCCAUGCCCUGGGAGAAAGACAAGCACUACCGCAUGCUCUACCGCCUCGAGAAGAAGUACUUCCCGGACCAGUCCCUCGACAAAGCCUUCGUCGCCGCCGAUGCCGCCGCGCCGCCCUCCGGCGCCGCCGACCACGACAAGGGGCUCGUCUUCUUCGAGGAAGAGAACGUGGAGGUCGGCAAGAAGGAAGGGGGAGGGGACAAGGGGGAGGUGCUGGAGAGGAAGGUGGAGGAGUUCUUCAAGUCCUUGAAGAAAGGACCUGCGGCUGGAGAGGCCGACGCUUCGACGGCCAAGAAGAAGACCACGGGGUCAGGCGGCGAGCCGAGGCAGGUGAGGCGAAAUGCAGGAGGGGAAGACGACUGGCCGCGGCCACACCUCGCGAGCAGGAGGACGGAGCUGCCGCCUCGAUGGGACGGACCAACCGGGACUGUCGUGCUCGUCGACAAGCCCAAAGGUUGGACUUCAUUUACUGUUUGUGGAAAACUGCGGCGAUUAGUGAAAGUGCAAAAGGUUGGGCAUGCGGGUACUCUGGAUCCUAUGGCAACAGGAUUGUUGAUUGUUUGUGUGGGCAAAGCAACCAAAGUUGUUGAUAGAUACCAAGGAAUGGUUAAAGGCUAUAGUGGUGUUUUCCGACUUGGAGAAGCGACAUCUACCUGGGAUGCAGAUUCACCAGUUAUUCAGAGGGAAUCAUGGGAACACAUCAAAGAUGAAGAUAUUAGAAAGGCAGCAGCAUCAUUCAUGGGUGAAAUAUGGCAAGUUCCUCCGAUGUUUUCUGCCAUUAAGGUUGGUGGUGAAAAAAUGUAUGACAAAGCAAGGAGAGGUGAAACGGUAGAGCUUUCACCUAGACGUAUAUCCAUAUAUAAAUUUGAUAUUGAGCGCAGUCUAGAAGACAGGCAAAAUUUGAUAUUUCGAGUUACUUGCUCGAAAGGAACAUACAUUCGGUCCCUCUGUGCAGACUUGGGAAAAGCGCUUCGAAGCUGUGCUCAUUUAACUGCGCUGCGGAGAGACUCGAUUGGUGACUAUUCGGUCAAUGACGCUUGGAACUUCGAUGAACUAGAGGAACAAAUUACCAAGGGAUAUUUAUGAGAAUCAGACAGUUAGCCAUGCCAUUUUGAAGACUGCAAUCAAGACCCACCGUUUCCAGCCAUGUGGUUGGCUGAGCCCUAAGGCGCGGAUACAAUGGUACAACCUGCAUGAACCUGUGUGAUCUGGGAUUUUGGACGUCUGAUGUCUCCAUGGAAUCAAGAGAUUCAUUUGCUAACCCUGAACGCUGUAGGCUGUCACGGUUCAGUGUUUUGCACAAUUAUAAGGAACACUAUAUCCUGCCUGUGGCAAAUUUUGAUAUUGAAUUUACGUCACAAUUUUUU